CGCGAGCAGCGAAAGAGGAGAAGUGAUCGCACGCCGAGCACGGAUCUACGUUGCGUUUAUGUCGAGUUUUCGCGAAUUUUUCAACAUAGUAAUCAAUUUGAGUGGGUGAUCGGUGUCAGAUUAGUUAAUUAACAAACGAUAAUGGCCUCAGACGAGGAGGUUGAUGAAAGCUUUGCCGGAGAGGAAGAAGCGGAUGAAGCUGGAGUAGCAGUACCAAAUGCUGGUCAACCUGUUGGCGAGGGCUCCUCUGAUGCUGAGGAGUCUCAGAGAUUGGAGGAAGAUGAUGACUAUGAGCCAGAAGAACGUAAGAAGAAGAAAGGAAAAAAGCGAAAAGCUCGUAGCGAAGAUAAGAAAGGCAAAAAAAAGAAGAAGAAGAAAAAAUCCGAUUCAGGAGAUGAGAGUGACUUUGCUGGGGCUGAACCAGCAGAGGGUGCAGGGGAGGAUAGUGACUAUGCAGGAAAUCGUAAAAAUCGAAAAUCUUCCUCAAGAAAAUCUUCUGGUCAUAAUACAUCAGCAGUACAACCUCAAGAACCCAAUACUGGAAUGCCAACAAUAGAAGAAGUUUGUAGCACAUUUGGGCUCACCGAUGUACAGAUUGAUUAUUCUGAAGCAGAUUUCCAAAAUCUUACGACAUACAAGCUGUUCCAGCAACAUGUCAGGCCUCUUUUAGCUAAAGAAAAUCCAAAGGUGCCUAUGUCUAAGCUGAUGAUGCUAGUAGCUGCUAAGUGGAGGGAUUUCUCCGAGCUGAAUCCCAACACUCAACCAGAUGCGGAUGCACCAUCUGGGAACCUCGAUGAUGAUAGCAGAAGUUCGAGAGGUAAUCGUGGAGCUCCUGUUCAAGAGAUCGAUGAAGAUGAAGAUGAGGAUGAUGACAGUGAUCGAAGAAGAAAAUCCAGAGGCUCACGAGCCAAGAAAGGAAAGAAGGCUUCAAAAGUUCCCACCCUAAAAAUUAAACUGGGAAAACGUAAACGUGGCAGUUCGGAUGAAGAGGCAGAAGGCAGCGGUGCUGGGUCUGACAGAGACUCAGACAUGGAGUUUGAGCAAAUGCUUGCUGAUGCAGAAGAGCCCACAGGAGCAGAGGGUGGUGGUAAAGGGCCUGAAGAAAGUGGUACCGAAGCUGCCCCAGCUGAUCCUCCAGUUAGAAGAAAGGCUAAAACUAAAAUCGGCAACAAGACUAAAAAGAAGAAGAAGACUAAGACUACAUCAAAAUUUCCUGAUGGCGAGGAAGGUCUCCAGACCGACCACCAAGACUAUUGCGAAGUGUGUCAGCAGGGUGGUGAAAUCAUAUUGUGUGAUACUUGUCCUAGGGCAUACCAUCUGGUUUGUCUCGAGCCAGAAUUAGAGGAAACUCCUGAGGGCAAGUGGAGCUGCCCUCACUGCGAAGGCGAAGGUAUUGCAGGUGGUGCGGCUGAUGAUGAUGAUGAGCAUAUGGAAUUCUGCAGAGUCUGCAAAGAUGGUGGUGAACUUCUGUGUUGCGAUAGCUGCACGAGCGCUUAUCACACGCAUUGUUUAAAUCCUCCGCUUUCUGAAAUACCCGACGGCGAUUGGAAGUGUCCAAGAUGUUCUUGUCCGCCGAUUCAUGGAAAAGUGGCCAAGAUUCUUACUUGGCGAUGGUCAGAAUGUCCCGAAACGCCAUCAGAGGAACCAUCGACGAGUAAAGCUGCUCCCAAGCAACGUAAAAUGCGAGAAUUUUUCGUCAAGUGGGCCGAAAUGUCCCAUUGGCAUUGUGAUUGGAUCACAGAGUUACAGUUGGAUGUUUUUCAUCCACUUAUGUUCAGAAACUACACUCGCAAAUACGAUAUGGAUGAUCCUCCAAAAUUGGAAGAACCACUCGAUGAAUCGGACACCAGAGUAAAACGGUUACAGCAGCAAGAUGGAGCUACGAACAGAGAUAACUACAAUUUGGAAGAGCGAUUCUAUCGAUAUGGAGUUCGCCCAGAGUGGUUAGUAGUGCAUCGAGUGAUAAAUCAUAGAAUACAGAGAGAUGGUAGGGCGACAUAUCUCGUCAAAUGGAGGGAUCUCGGCUACGACCAAGCUACCUGGGAAGAUGAAAACGCGGAUAUUCCUGGGUUGAAACAAGCCGUAGAAUAUUAUCUAGAUUUGAGGGCCGCAAACAGCUGUGAUGGAAGUUCAUCUCGUAAGGGUAAAAAAGGAAAGGGCAAGAGAUCAAAGACCCGUGAAAUAAUUGACGACGAAGAAAGAACACCUAAGAGAUAUACACCUCCUCCAGAAAAACCCACAACUGAUUUAAAGAAGAAAUACGAACGGCAACCAGAUUAUUUAGAUAUAACAGGAAUGCAGUUACAUCCCUACCAGUUGGAGGGCUUGAACUGGUUGAGGUACUCAUGGGGUCAAGGAAUAGACACGAUAUUGGCCGAUGAAAUGGGUUUAGGAAAAACAAUUCAGACUAUUACAUUCUUGUAUUCUCUUUACAAAGAAGGGCAUUGCAAAGGACCAUUCCUUGUUUCUGUUCCGUUAUCUACAAUCAUAAACUGGGAGCGUGAAUUUGAAACAUGGGCGCCAGACUUUUACUGUGUUACUUAUGUCGGUGACAAGGACAGCCGUAUUGUGAUACGUGAAAAUGAAUUGUCCUUUGAAGAAGGAGCUGUACGUGGUGGUCGAGCGUCCAAGAUCCGUAGUUCGCAAAUAAAGUUCAAUGUUUUGUUAACUAGUUAUGAAUUGAUCUCCAUCGAUUCAGCAUGUCUGGGAUCUAUUGAUUGGGCUGUUCUAGUCGUAGACGAGGCUCACAGGUUGAAAUCCAAUCAGUCAAAAUUCUUUAGAUUACUAGCUUCGUACAAUAUUGCGUACAAACUUCUAUUGACUGGAACACCGCUGCAAAAUAAUUUAGAAGAACUGUUUCAUUUGCUUAAUUUCCUGUGCCGUGACAAGUUCAAUGACUUGGCAGCCUUCCAAAAUGAAUUUGCUGAUAUAUCAAAGGAAGAACAAGUCAAGAGAUUGCACGAAAUGCUUGGACCCCAUAUGCUCCGAAGAUUGAAGGCUGACGUGCUUAAAAAUAUGCCGAGUAAAUCAGAGUUCAUUGUUAGAGUUGAACUAUCACCUAUGCAAAAAAAAUACUACAAAUAUAUUUUAACGCGAAAUUUCGAAGCUCUGAAUCCCAAGGGUGGAGGGCAACAAGUUUCACUGUUGAACAUCAUGAUGGAUCUGAAAAAAUGCUGUAAUCACCCAUAUUUGUUCCCUGCUGCAUCUCAAGAAGCUCCCACUGGUCCUAAUGGCAAUUACGAAGGUUCAGCUUUGAUCAAAGCAGCUGGAAAACUCGUACUAUUGAGCAAAAUGCUUAAAAAAUUACGAGACGGUGGGCACAGAGUUCUGAUAUUCUCUCAGAUGACAAAAAUGUUGGACAUUCUUGAAGACUAUCUAGAAGGGGAAGGUUAUAAGUACGAGAGAAUUGACGGAAACAUCACUGGAACGCAGAGACAAGAAGCUAUCGAUAGGUUCAAUGCUCCAGGUGCGCAGCAGUUUGUGUUUCUUUUAUCCACACGAGCUGGUGGUCUUGGUAUCAAUUUGGCUACAGCUGACACUGUGAUAAUCUACGAUUCCGAUUGGAAUCCGCAUAAUGAUAUCCAAGCUUUCAGUAGAGCUCAUAGAAUUGGACAAGCGAACAAAGUGAUGAUAUACAGAUUCGUCACACGUAAUUCUGUUGAAGAAAGAGUAACUCAAGUAGCGAAGCGUAAAAUGAUGCUCACGCACUUGGUUGUGCGCCCUGGUAUGGGAGGCAAGGGUGCCAAUUUCAGCAAGCAGGAAUUGGAUGACAUUCUCCGAUUUGGUACUGAGGAGCUGUUUAAGGAAGAAGAGGGUAAAGAAGAUGAGGCUAUCCAUUACGACGAUAAAGCCGUUGCCGAGUUACUGGAUAGAAGUAAAGAGGGAAUUGAGCAGAAAGAAAACUGGGCAAACGAAUAUUUGAGUUCUUUCAAAGUUGCUUCGUAUGUGACUAAAGAGGGUGAAAUUGAGGAAGAAGCUGAUACAGAAAUUAUUAAACAAGAAGCUGAAAAUACUGACCCCGCUUACUGGAUCAAACUUUUGAGACAUCACUACGAACAGCAACAAGAAGACAUCGCAAGGACGCUGGGAAAAGGCAAGCGUGUAAGAAAACAAGUUAAUUACAACGAUGGUGGAGUGACCGGUGAUCAAGGUACGAGAGAUGAUCAACCAUGGCAGGAGAAUUUGUCAGACUAUAACAGUGACUUUAGCGCACCUAGUGACGACGAUAAAGAGGAUGACGACUUUGAUGAAAAAGGUGAUGGAGAUCUUUUGUCUCGAAGAAGUAGACGUCGUUUGGAGAGACGUGACGAAAAGGACAGACCUCUGCCACCACUCUUGGCAAGAGUUAAUGGAAAUAUUGAAGUCCUUGGUUUUAAUGCCAGGCAGCGUAAGGCAUUCUUAAACGCUAUUAUGAGGUAUGGAAUGCCUCCACAGGACGCCUUCAAUUCGCAGUGUAGGUUGGUGCGAGACCUGAGGGGCAAAUCGGAAAAGAACUUCAAGGCCUACGUAUCAUUGUUCAUGCGCCAUCUGUGCGAACCCGGAGCUGAUAAUGCUGAAACUUUUGCCGACGGAGUUCCGAGAGAAGGUCUUAGCCGCCAACAUGUCUUGACCAGGAUUGGAGUCAUGUCGCUCAUUAGGAAAAAGGUUCAAGAAUUCGAACACAUAAAUGGCUACUAUUCGAUGCCAGAAAUGAUUCGCAAACCCGUUGAACCUGUUGAACCUGUAAAAGCGGAAGGAGCUGGGGAUAGCGGAGCUACUGGUACAAGUAGUACCAGUGCAACACCUGCCACAUCGAAUGCUCCAAGUCCCAGUCCAGCCGCUACGCCAACACCCGUUAAUAUUUCUAAUGAUCCCGCCGUUAAACCUAAUACUGAGUCUCUGGAGUCGAGAGAAACCAAGGAGGAUGUUAAAGAGAAAGACAAAGAGACUACAGACGCACAAGAAAUAAAAGAGGAGCAGAAAGAGCCGAAAGACGAAGAAGAACUUAACAAAGACAAAGAGAACGAGGAAGAAAAAGAAGAGAUUAAACCGACGGAUGGAGAGGCGGAAAAAUCCGAAAAAGCUAAAGACAAGGUUGAGGCCAAAUCAGAAGAUAAGCAGCCAGUGAAACUCGAUGAAAAGCCUGAAAUCACUGAAAUUAAGCCCAAACCAGAGUCAGAAGAAGAUGUAGUCAUUGUUAAAGAUGACGAUGACGAAACGGACAAAAAAGAAGAAAAAGAAAGCAAACACAAAGAGACGAAGGAGUCCGAUUCAGAGGCAACGAAACCAAAGCGCAAGUUCAUGUUUAAUAUCGCGGAUGGUGGUUUCACCGAACUUCACACUUUGUGGUUGAACGAGGAGAAAGCUGCAGUACCUGGACGUGAAUACGAAAUUUGGCACCGCAGACACGAUUAUUGGCUGCUUGCCGGUAUCGUGACUCACGGUUAUGGUCGUUGGCAAGACAUUCAGAACGAUAUUAGGUUCGCUAUAAUAAAUGAGCCUUUUAAGAUGGAUGUUGGCAAGGGAAAUUUCCUGGAAAUAAAAAAUAAAUUUUUAGCAAGACGUUUUAAACUCUUAGAACAGGCUCUCGUUAUAGAAGAGCAACUCAGGAGAGCUGCUUAUCUAAAUUUAACACAGGAUCCCAAUCAUCCUGCUAUGAGUCUCAACGCACGGUUUGCGGAAGUCGAAUGUCUUGCCGAAUCCCACCAGCACUUAAGCAAAGAGAGUUUGGCCGGUAAUAAACCAGCCAAUGCCGUGCUGCACAAGGUGCUAAAUCAAUUGGAGGAACUUUUGUCGGACAUGAAAUCUGACGUUAGUCGUUUGCCAGCCACAUUAGCGAGAAUUCCUCCGGUUGCUCAACGACUUCAAAUGUCCGAACGAUCUAUCCUUAGCCGAUUGGCCGCUACUGCACCAGGUGGAAAUAAUACUCAAUCGGGUCAAGCUGCAUUGUUAGCUCAACAAUUUCCUGCAGGAUUUUCAGGAGGGCAGUUACCUGCUACCUUCGCAGGUGCUGCAAACUUCGGAAAUUUUAGGCCACAGUAUUCGGUGCCUGGACAACCGCCCCAAGGUUUUACAGCUUGAACAUGUUACCGGACUGACGGCGGCUCAAAGCAUCGCAUCUCGUAGGGUGCAAAGGAAACUCCUGACUAAAUCAUUUGCGUUGUAACCAUAUUUUUCGUAAAUCACAAUUUUUAGCUAAAUUUUCAUUAGCUAAGGUAAGAUCUAAGCACUUAACAUAAUACUUAAUAAUAAAUUCACUUUUCCUGUAUUUAUUAUGUGUACAUUUAACGUCGAAUCAUGUUUUUUAAUGACAAUAUGAUAAUUGACGAAACAGAUAUAAGUUAUAGAAUUUUAAAAUUGAAAGUAGUACACAUUUAGCUUUACACUUUCAAUUAAACAUCGCAUUGUGUACUGACAUAUAUAUGCAAAAAAAUGGUGAUUUGACUUACAAAAUACCACUUUGAAAAUCACCGGUUCAAAGGCCGGUGCAUUUGAGCAUUGAAUAAUUUCACUAGGUUCGUAGUUUUUUUUUUUGUUCUCCUUCAAAUAAGUUCAAAGAUUUUUAUAAUUCAAUUGAAGGUAUCUAAAUUUACAUUAUUUAUUGCCUAAUGUCAAAGCAAAAUGAUUUCCCUCAGACACAGUAAUAUAAAGUAUACGUGAUUUUGGUGUAAACAAAUGUAUGCUUGAAGAUAGACUUGUUGGAUUAAUGUUGUCGCAUGAGUACGCAGCGCAAACGUUGUUACAUGAAAAUAUAAAAGGCAUAAGAUGCUAUGCUUGAGGGAACUCUUAACGUCCACCACAUUACUGUAACGCAGGGGACUUUUAUUGUAACAAAGUAGUAAAACUUUCUUAUUAAUUAUAGCGAAUAUAGUUCUUUUAAGCUUC